CAGAAAGACCUGAGGGGAUCUGAGGUCAACUUACUGCUGCUUCCACGAUCCUUCCACAUUCGAUAGAUCCACAUCUCGGUUGGUUGUUUUAUAUGCACCUUCAGCUAGCAAGGAAAACAUUCAUUUCACAAGCCUCGGCCCCAUUUCGUUCUCCUCUUCUCAGCUUACCAGCUUCUAGGCUAUCUCAAGUGUUCGAUCUUCUCAAGAAAUGGCCACUAGGGAGACCGUUCUAAAACAAUUACCACAGGACCUACCGUUAGACUUCUUGAGGACUAUCACAGAUCAGUUCUCAGCGGAACGUAUUAUCGGUACAGGUGGAUUUGGCACAGUUUAUAAGGGAAUUAUGCCAGAUGAGGAACCGAUUGCUGUGAAGAAACUUGCGGAAAAUGCGCCGCUCGCACGCGACAAAGCAUUUACCAACGAGGUUCAGAACAUGAUGGCUCUCCGCAAUGAAAAUAUAGUCAGGUUGGUUGGGUACUGCCAUGAAGGACAAAAGAAAGUGGUACAGAACAAUGGGAGAUAUAUUGUUGCAGAUGUUUUUGAAAGUUUGCUCUGCUACGAAUAUUUACCUGAGGGAAGCCUUCAGAAGAACCUUUUUGACGGACGCACUAACAUGGAGUGGUGCACGCGCUUCAAAAUAAUUAAGGGGAUCUGUAAUGGUUUACUCUUCCUUCAUAGGAUUCCUAUUAUCCAUAUGGAUCUGAAGCCUGAGAAUAUAUUGUUGGACCAUAAUAUGACGCCAAAAAUUGCAGACUUCGGUCUUUCUAGGCUCUUUGGCCAAGAGCAAACACGGGCAAAUACACAGAAUGUUGUUGGAUCAUACGGAUACAUAGCUCCAGAAUACCUAUAUAGAGGUGAAAUCUCCACCCAGUCCGAUAUAUAUAGUUUAGGCCUACUAAUCAUCGAGACCACAACCGGCGAGAAGAAUCAACCCAAACAAAAUGAACCGUCAGCGAGGGACUUCAUUGAAAAAGUACGUCAAACUUGGACAUACGACUACAUAGCAUCAAUGUUCCCAAAGUUUAAUGCAAAUGAUCUCCAUGAAGUCAGAGUAUGCAUUGAAAUUGGUCUAGAGUGUGUGCAGAUUGAUCGAAAGAAGAGACCUUCUGUUGAAAAUAUUGUUGAGAGGCUCAACGGACGUUGUGCAAAUAGAAUGUGAAAGCAGAUCUCCACCAGUUCCAGGCGAACAUGAAACUGGGGGACUUCUUUUCAGGGCAGAUGUGCACCACCGAAUGAACAUGCUAUAUUAAUGCUAGAAUGAAUUUACUUCGAAAAUUAUGUGCUUUGAUGUCACGCCAUUGUGGAACUACUUAAAUUCCAUUUCUUAUUGUAACUGCUACUCCCCGUAUCUUUGCUCUGUUGUCGGAUAUUUUGGACUCCAAAUACAGUGUUGUUCCUCCAGGAGUCAAUCCUCUCCAACCAGGAUUCGUUUUAUGAAGUUGGUGGUACUAAUGAUUUCUCACAAA